AUUCUGACCACAACCACUUUAAACAUGAGAUCUCCCAUCAGUAUGCAGUACGAAGUAGUAGGUAGUGCAAUGAAGAUUCUUAGAUAAGCCCGAGGUAGCACUACAGAUCAUUGCAACCUUCAAACAGAUUACUAUGUACGAGUUGAACACAUACUUACGAAGUAACUACGAACUGGGGGUUUCACGGCUGGCAAAGGCUGUAUGGGGGCUAGAUCCUUGGUGGCUUGGCUGUUAUCGUAAUCGUGCAUUACGUAGGUACGUCCCCCUAGUCAUUCACAUGUUUGCUCUAGCUUAAUAAACCCUGGCUGGAAGGGCAGAUAUCUCCUAUCCCGAUCCCAUUUACCUACUUACAAUGGACAUCCAAGACAGCGAGAAUCCUAACUCCGUUCCGUACCACAGGCCGAGGAGCCGUGUUUGGCCUCACAUAAAUCCGUUUUCACCUCACCCCUCAAUCUCCCGGCUUGCCGCUGGCUUUGGCUCUGGGCUCUGGCUUUUGCUUCUGCUUCUGCUUCUGCUUCUGCUUCUGCUUCUGCUUCUGCUUCUGCUUCUGCUUCUGCUUCUGCUUCUAAAUCAUCCGAAAAUCACGCAGGUUGACGGUUCACAAUGACUUCCACUUCUUCCGUUGUAAAUACCGUGUCGUUGCUAUCAAUGCCGCCAGAGAUCCGCAGCGCCGUCUACGAGCUUGUCAUCAGCAACGAGUGGGGCCACACCUCACAGGAGUAUUUCGUCCUGGACCGGCCUUUACCCGCCCUCUUCCGUGUCAACAAGCAAAUCCGCUCCGAGGCCCUGGACGUCUUCCUGCUGAAGAACCAUUUUCACGUCUAUACCAGUACCGUCGGCUUGAAAUGGCUCAAUAUCCUCGGAAAAGACGUCGAGAGAUUCCGUUACCUCAUCCUCUUCAUUGACCUCAACCUUGAUGCGUGGAAUAUGUACCUCAAGGCACUUCUACCCCGUAUCUCGGAGUACCUGGAGCUGAGGAUUAGAAAGGCUGCCGUGAGCCUGCCCGCCUCGCGGCUUGAGACAUUCCUAGUUGCCGCAGGACUCUAUGACGACCAGCGUUGGGCGAGGACAGAGAAUGGUGUCGGCGAAAUCAUCUUCAAACAGAUCCUAGCCUAGUGUGUCAUCCACCAAAGGCCAUACACGUUUUUCUCUUUCGGGACGAAUGUUUCGAGCCGAUUGCUUGAUUAUGCGCCACGAGCAUUCAUGUAUAUCCGCACCUGAUGAGUCUGUGCAGAUCCUUCGUAGAGGGCCAUUCAUUGUGAGCUAGAGCCACGUGUACGCAACGUCCUGGGCAACGUUAUCUGGCUGCGAUAGCUGACGCCGACACAGACUAGCUGCAAGCAAACUUGUCACCAUAAGAGGCACAAGCGCUAGGCCCCUGAACAUGGAUUCGAAUUGAUUCUUUCAUGGCCAACAUUCUCCGUAUGGCGCACGGGCCAGUAAAGCUAGUAUUGAUUUCCCCAAGUCAGUCAAUGCCGUCCGAAAAUUCUCCUUUCUAAUGAGCGCUCGAGGUACGGAAAACAGAAGGCUCAUGUUAUUCGUGCCUCACUAUACUUAGUCGAAAUCGAAAUCUUCAACUGUACAUAUUUGAAUGUUGGGACGUCCUAGGAUAACUAAACAUCCACCCAAUUUCUACUGCACCCUGUGCUAUAGAGCCAUGCUCGUGUAGCAGUCAUCUAAAUAAGAGAGUAGGGUAAUCUGCAUUCAUCUUGCAAAUAUCCCUAAAUCGAGGUGCUUUUAUGAAAAUACUGAGUUGCGAAGGGUCCAAUAACUCCUCACUAAUACAAUUGAAUAUGUAGAUAAGAUUCUGGACAUGUAACUAACUGUAUAUCUGAAGUUCA